AUGGUUAACAAAUUCUCCUUGGACGACCCAGCCUUCGACAGCUCACCGCCGUCGACCCCAGGCCAGACAUCUCAGAAGGGCUCUCACCACCCCUGGGGCGAUAACCCAUCAACCACACCCGCUGGCCCCCCGCCAUCGUCUGCCGCAUCCUUCACACCUGCAGGCGCACCGUCCGAAUCUUACCUUGGAAGCUCCUUGCUGCAGGAAGCAACUACCCAGAAGUCUUUCAGCUUCGGCAACCAGAGUUCCAAUGGCACAAGGCAGAACCUAUUCGGAAGGGGCGACUCGGCUUCCCAGCAACCUUUGGGUCGAUCGAUCCUUCACAGUGCCAAGCCGGCCGCGAGGCAGCCGUCGGCAUUAAGCAGGGAAUAUGGCGCCGCGGAAAGCGAGGUCAGCUACGAUAAUCGGACGGGUAGGUAUAUGAUCCCCGACUCUUCCGAGGACGAGGACGAGGACGAGGACGAGGAAUAUGACGAGCGCGACGCCGCCGAUGCGGAAAUAGAGCAAUACCUCGAAGCCGACAUCGACCAGGAUGACAUUGUCGCGGAGCCGGGGGUCGAGGACAUCGAAGACGACGACGUAUUCCUAAAUAUGCAACACAGCGACCGCGACGAUGAAGAACCCAACUACUCAGACGAAGGCGAAGGCGGCAUGGGCGCUGAGGAGUCUGACCUCCUGCUCCUGGCCACCCCCUCGGCAACGGCGCGCAUGCGCAGGGAGGCUGAAGACAUCUUCCGCGCAUCAUCCAUGCGUCGUUCGUCAACUGGAAGACGGAAGGACUUCAAAUUCUCUGCCAUCGCGAAGGAUCUGUACAGGGGCCUCGGCAUGGCUGUGAUCACGGAGUCGCCCGAGGUCGUUCUGAAGACGGAGGACUUGAUCAACCAGCUUUACAACGAGGGAAUCGGCGCUCAGGAGGACCCCGAACAGCUCGACAUCUCGUUAUCGACCAUCGUCUAUCCAUUGGUGGAGCUCUGGGAUAACUUCGCCCAAACCUUGCCCAUGCCAGAGGGAGAACACAUUGCUGAGAUUGGACCCGGCUCUGAUACCGAGCCAUUUCAGAAAGCCGCCUACGUCGCCCGUCUUGUUCUUCAGAUGCAUCACACCCGCUUCGCUCAGCAGGGCUCCGACGAAACGGAGGUGCCCCCGCUGCCUUACGUCCUAUUCCAGUGGAUUGAAGAAAACCAUAACCUAUACCCCGAGCAGUAUGAAAUCGUGUUGAACCACAAGCCUAGCCCCGCAUGUCACAGCCUCUUCUGGUCGACAUUGCGAGGUGCUCUUGUUCGCGGCAACGUUGGCCUUGCAUCGAAGCUGUUGAGGAACGCUGGAUGGGAGUCUGUCAAAAAGGGGCCUCGAGCCGAUAUCGCUUACUCCGGCAAAGCUCUCGAAAACUUGCAGCGCGCGGUGGGCAUUGCAUGCGAAGCACUCGACAUGUGUCCAGCAAACAAGGGUAACUGGGACAUCUUCAGCAGCGACUGGACGCUGUACCGCAUCCAGGCCAAGGGCUCCCUUGACAAGCUUCAACGAUUUGCAGAGGGCAAGGACAAGAAUUUUUUCGCCGGCGGUAAUGACAACGGAUACGGGGCGCCGUCUCUGGCUGGCCUGGUACGGAAGGCUGAGGGCCAGGUCCCUUGGGAUAUAUACGAACACCUCCAGACCGUCUACCAGAUCAUUCUGGGAACGCCGGAGGCUAUCCUGGAGACGGCACAGGACUGGUGUGAGGCUACGGUUGGAUUGUUCGGAUGGUGGGAAGAAGGACGCGGCCAGCAGAAGAGCUUGCGCAUGUCUCGCUCUCAAGGACUACGCCAGGUUAGUAGUCUUUCAGGUCCAGAGACUUAUUUUGAGCGCCUGUCACUUGCCUUCCACACGGCGGUGGAGUCAAACUUUCAUUUCAACUCUAUGAACCCUGUGGAGGUUGCAAUCGCUGCUGCUUUCGAAUCAGACUUCGCAGCCGUCAUUGGAAUUCUUCGAGCAUGGUCUCUCCCCAUCGCCUCUUCGGUGGCGGAGCUUGCGUCUCUCGGUCAAUGGCUUCCCAAGCCCGAGCAGCCUAACCUGAUCACCAUGGAAAGCCUAGACAUGGAGGACCUGGAUAUUCUGGGAGUUUUGCCUCAGACUGCGGACGACGUGGAGGGUAUCAAAGACACGACACUCAUACACUACGCACGCGAACUGGCGGGCAUCGAUCAACUUUCCGAAGAUCGAAGUGGCUGGGAGAUGGCGAUCCAAGUGCUCGGGCGUAUGGAUUCGGCCCCCAAAUCCGAGGAGAUGGUUGGGGAACUGCUUCGUGACAUUCUGGCACAGCUCGACUCCGACUCUGGAGACACUGUCGACAAGGUUUGGAGGAUCCUGAAUGAUCUCGGCAUGAUCACCUAUGCCGAAGAGACUGCUGAGACCUAUGCGGAAAUUCUCGCAAAGGAAUCACACAGAUACGGAGAGGCUCUGUGGUACUACGCUCUGGCUCAUCGACCAGGCAAGGUGCGCGAAGUGCUCAACCUGCUCAUGUCCUACUCCCUUCUUCAUUCUACGGUUUACCCCCCUGCCAACAACUUGGACGACCACCUUUACCGGCUACUCAACGAGCGUAGCCAGACACUCGAGAAAUACGCCAAACAGGACCUUGAAGCGGCAAACCUCCUGGGCCGAAUGCUCAGUGGAUAUGCUACCUUGCGAAAGUUCUAUGAAAUUCGCGACACUGACGGGCUCGUAAGCAUGUCACCAUACAAGUCGACUAGGCUUCGCAAGCAAGCCGCUUCAGCCCUUGUUGCAGUAAUCGCCAGCUCUGACGACAACAUCCGUGGGGGCCUUUACGACGAAACACGUGACGCCGUCGUGAGCGAGGACUUCAUCCUCGCCCUCCUGGGCGAAGCUCUUCCGUUCGUCAACCAAAACCCUUGUGCUAUUACUCUCGACCAGAUGGACACGCUCCUCAAAGCCAUAGAGGACAUCCAGACGGUCAACUCCACCAUCUUCAACGCCGCCGAUGAAUUUUUCAAUCUUGUCUUGGCCUCAGCACCGGGACUGAAGUUCUCCACGCCUGCAGACCUGAUGCGCAAGAGCACUGGUUCUCUCAGCGGAAGCAGCUACAUGCUCAGCGGUAGCUCGAUGCUGGCCAGUCAGCUCCAGCGCUCUAUCGGCGGUGGCAGUGGCGGCAGCGGUCUCUCCAUUGCCAAGACAAAACGCGGUUGGGAUUGGAGGUCGGGGCUCACAGCGGGCGCAUCGGCCGAGGACGUGCUUCGCAUACUCAGACUGGGCCUAUCUAGGGACCUGGCAACUUUGUGGUUGGCCGAGGCGGACAACACGCCCCUGUACUAG